AAUGAUCUUGUGACCAGGGUUGUUUUCUAAGUCUGAAACUAAAAACAAGUGAAAAUUUCUGUCUCUAGAAGAAGAAAAGUCUAUGUCUAGAUCUAUAUUCUAGUAGAUCUACUUUAUUUAUUAUAUUAUUGUCAUCAUAUUAUUAUGGAAAAUAUUUGCUCUCAAUUGGAUGAAGUAGUUCUGGAAAUAUUUCAAGUGCUAGAAAAUUAUUAUGAAGCGCAGGAAUCACUGACACAGGUAAUGAAGAGAGGGUUUCUUGGCCUCUCAAGGGCCAGGUGUAACAUAGGUGUGAAGCGGGUCUCAAGUGAUCAGUUUAUCAAUGCUGAGCUCACAGCUCAACAUGUUGUCCAGAUAGACAAGAACUUCCCAGAAGAUGAAAAUAAAUCAGAGCUCUUGUAUGAAAAAGAUAUAGAAUCAUUGUUUCAUUUAACCAAACCAUCUGAUGGUGGUAUAGAUGAGAUCAUUAGGAGGACUGCAGCCAUUGAAACCCCCACAAAUGUUGAGGGUUUGAGGAAAAGAAAUGUUGAAAACACAGAGAAUUCUGGGGACAAAAAUAAAACUCUGGUUACAGGAGAGGAAAAAGGUGCAACACAAAAAAGUAAAAGUUUUGACCCUCUAAAACUGUUUGGGGUUUUAGUGCCCCAGCCAUUACGAACAAGUCAGCAAGAUUUUAUCCAAUCAGUUCAGAUCUGUGUUAACUUGGCCAACUUGAAGCAUCAGCUGUUACACCUACAGUCUUUGUACAAGCAGCUGCUAGAAGAAAAGAAAAAACAGACUUCAUCAUCAGAAGAACUUUAGACUUGAAACAGUGAAACUGAGAGGACAAAGUCACAUUGCUUCAGUCUUCCAAAAACUUUUCCCAUUAAUCCUAAUCUAAACCAGAUCCAUCUUAAAAUAGUUUAAUGUAUUCAAGAUUAACUUUUUAACUGGUACAUUAGAUUUGAUUGUAUAUUUAAGUUUAAGUGUACAUUUUGAAGCUUCUUAAUAAAAAUUAUUGUCUAUUUCUAGUUUUAUCUUUUCAUACAUUUGGACUAAAUAUUUUUUUUAAUCUUUCAUUAUAAUUUAAAUAUUUAUUUAAAUACCUUGGAGAGUGUGGUCCAGCUAUAGAAUGUAUGCUUACCUACCCUUAUGUCAUGAGUUCAGUACUAAACGGGCCCUUGUGUCCAAACUAUAUAGUGAGAUGCACAGGAAGAGGGAGCAAAAUUCUUUAGGUAACCCAUUGGUCUAGUGGCUGGUAAC